CCUGCCCGCAGACCGCCCCCGGGAGGGCGAGGGGCCGGGGCCCCCCCGAGGAGCUGCGGGGAUCCCGGCGGAGCAAGGCUGGGAGCGGGGGAGUUAACAAAACAAGACACAACUUUUUACCAAGCUCUGGCGUGGCUGCCUGCACCCACAGUGUUUGUCGAAAGCCGUUUCUUCUGAUGAUGGAUUUGUGCUGCUUUUGUGAAGAGCUGUAGCAAACCGAACAACCUUGUGACACAGGUUGCUGCGUGGACGGAUGGGCUGCAUCGAGCAGCCCUCUCCCAUCCCUCUGUUUCCCUACCCCCUGAUUGCACCAUCCGGCACUUGGAGAUCCCUGGAUUGCUUGAGUUUUGAGUUUAUACCUGCAGGACCAACCCUCUAGCCACACCAACGUGUCUCAUAAACAUCCCUAUUCCAGCACACCACCUUCACUUAGGAGAUCUAGGAACGCACAGAGGAAUCAAAGCUUCCUCGCAAAGUGGGAAAGGAAGGAGAAGGGAGUUCUGCUGCAAGGACCCAGGGGUGAGCCAUCCCCUCUCUGCACGCAUACAAAUCACCCUGUAGGAGGGAAGUGUUGAGUGAAUCAUGAGGGGUCCUGUAGCCUGCUCUCCUGCUGUUCGCUGCCCUUCACCAGAUGCUUCUGAGAACAAGAAAAUCUUCAGUGAGACAUCUCAAAGUUGCUUCCUCACUUGAAGACUACUCGUAGUUUCAGGAAAUGCAAGCACCCCUUGCUUUAGCCCCCACCUGCAGCUCUCUUUGUUAAUCACCUCCAUUGUUUUGGAUUGAACUGGCAUGACUAGCCCACUGCUGAAGUAUGACAUCCUGUAGUUGCCCGACUCGGCUGAAAAUGACCGGCCAACAUCAACUCUGCAAAAGCCGCUGUGGGAAUUCACCCGCAGCUAUUCCUAGUUCAGCGGUGCAUUCAUUGCUCUCUGUUACAUGGGGUAACCUGCUCCUGAAAUUCUGCUCUUGCCCUCACCCCAGAGACAAGUCCUUGAACGAAGCCUCUGCGUGCUUGCAGUAGAACAACAGAGAACCUCCUUAAGAGAGAAGAAAAGGGAGGAGAAAGCGUUGAUCUCUAGCUAUAGCAACCCCACCUCCCGGUUAUUUCAUCUUCCUUACAAGGCUAAAGCUACAAGCUUUCCUCUGCCGGCUGGGUCUUUUAAAAGCAGCAGAGCAAGCCCCGAGGAUCCCGGUGGAGCGGAGGAUGCGAGGCUGAGGGCGAUGGGGAAGGAGGCACUGGUGGGAGCCCUGCGGAGAAGGCUGGGGCUCUCCAGAGAAGUGUGACAGUAUCCUACAGAAUCCUAAACCAGGUGUUCAUUGAUGCAGAUCUUCCAAAGAAACAGGAAACCAAACCCCAAAAGAAAUCACUGAGGGGGGGGGAAAGUGCAACAUGAGAGGUAAAAUGAAAAACUGGCCUUUUGAGAAUAGCUGCUGGGAGCUGUAACAAAGAAAGAGACCAGAGGAUUACUACACAGCUCCUGCAGACUCUCAUCUAAGGCAUCGGCUCAGCCUUCCAGCAAGUGUAUGCUGAGGUGUGGGUUCAGCAGCCAAGGAUGGAGGUGCUACGCCGUUCCUCAGUCUUUGCUGCAGAGGUGAUGGAGGUUUUUGACAGGUCUCCCACUGACAAGGAGCUUGUGUCCCAAGCCAAGGCUCUCUGCAGAGACUACAUAAAUUCAAGGCUAAUUCGAGCGGGUGUCAGCUGGAGCAAACCUGAGUGCAAUGCACCAGUGCCUGGUGGUAAGCUGGCCGAGGUGUCUACCAUACUGCUGCGACUAGGGGAUGAGCUGGAAUACAUUCGCCCCAAUGUCUACCGGAAUAUUGCCCGCCAAUUGAACAUCUCGCUGCACUCAGAGACGGUGGUGACGGACGCCUUCCUGGCAGUAGCUGCACAGAUUUUCACUGCAGGCAUCACGUGGGGCAAGGUUGUGUCUCUCUAUGCUGUGGCAGCUGGGCUGGCAGUGGACUGUGUGCGGCAUGCACAGCCAGCCAUGGUUCACACCAUUGUAGAUUGCCUGGGAGAGUUUGUCCGCAAGACCUUGGUGACAUGGCUGAAAAGGAGAGGAGGCUGGGCAGACAUCGCAAAAUGUGUGGUGAAUACUGACCCCAGCCUUCGCUCUCACUGGCUCGUGGCAGCUGUUUGCAGCUUUGGUCACUUCCUCAAGGCUAUCUUCUUCGUCCUGCUGCCCGAGAGAUGAAUCCGAGUCGCCAAGUGCAGCCGCCCCUACCCCACCUCCUCCCCCGCUCCAGAAGCAGUGGUAAUGGCAAUCUGAAGAGGAGGAAGAGAAGAACCAGGACAAAUGAAAGGCUUGUUCUCUCCCUUCAGCUGGGAGCAGAUGAUCAACCACAGUCUCCUUUUUGUGGCCACAGGAGCCUCUCUUGCCAUUAAUCCUUUCAAGAGUCUUGUUUCCCUGGGUGACUUGGGUGUGUGGCCUGGACACUGCCAGUCCCUGGGCACCCUGAUUGCAGCUGUGUGCAGCGUGGACUGUCAGAUAUCUGGUCCUUAUGGCUGUGUUGCAUGUUUAUGCUAGUGCCAGACAGAGGGGAGGAGGAAGGGCAUAUUAUUUGAAAUGGGAUAGAAAAUAGGAGAGGGGGAGACUCCCUCCUUUGCUCCAUGUAGUUCCCCCUUCAGUCCUCGGACUUACCUUGCGUUGAUUCUUGGUGUUACAUCUGUGCUUAAACUCCAUCUCCUUCUUUAUACUCAACUCCGACUUGCUGGGCUCUGCCCCAGCACAGCAUGGUGGAGGGGAUAGUGCAGCUGUGGGUUUUUACAUGAUAAAACCAAACAUAUUGUCAUCAGAUGCUUCUCCCUGACACAUCUUGGAAAUCGGACUGAGUGGCCGCGUGAGGGGCAGGACUAGAGGGCAGUUGCAUGUGAUGCCGUUUGCAAGUGUAUUUUGUUGACCUGUCUUAUUGUGCUCGCAUGCUAUUUCAAACAGGAGAGCAAGGGGCAACACCUUCAAGCAACAACUAGGGAUUGAAUUUCAUAAUGAAGAAAAACGUUUUCUCCACUGAGAUUUCAUCAGAGCUAAGCAUGUAAGUAGGAAAGGCUGGGGGGCAUGGGCAGGAAUUAGGGAAACAGUAAGUGAACUGUGUGGUGUUGUGAAGGGGGAAAGCCAUGUCAAAAGUAGCUGAUUUAUGUUUCUCCUUUAAUGUCUUAGGAAGUACAACUUGCAGUCGUCUUUGUGGUAAGCAAUAAAAGAAAAUAGGUAGUGUUUCACUAUUGCAAACGGUAUUGUAUUUGUUUCCAGAGUUAAAAAUUCCAAAAAAGGCCAGAACAGUGCAGAGACAAACACUCGGGCCAUGCUAAAAAUACUUCAGCUUUUCCCCUGGUAGAACGUGUUAACGUGUUAAAACAACUCACACGGUUCAUGCUAGGAACUUAACCCAUGUUGUUACCAUGUCAGAAAUGUGCUGUUUUCACCAACAGAAGUGGGGCCUCCCUGCCAUUGGCAGCGGAAGGCUAUGAAGCCUUUUCUCUGCCAAAGCCUUGCGGGAGACAGCCUGCUUGGUGCCUUGCUCUGGGGAGUGUGGCGUCGCAGAAGAACACUCUUUUGGAUUAAGAACAUGUGGCGUUAUAGGAGUUUUUGCUGGGCUUUCUUCCUGAUUUCCCUCCCACACCCUGUGUUUAGAGGGGCUUUACUGUUUCCAUCCAGAAGUUACAAUGGGUUUGAGAAUGAAGCAAAGCUUUUACUUUUUGGUUAUAUCUGUGCGAAGGGUUUCUGCUAGCAGUUACUAGUGUUGUGCUCUGACCAAGAGAACCACUGGCAGAGGAUAUGUAGGUGGUUAUACCCUUGCAGUGUCCUGCUUUUGACUGGUCUAGCCUUUUGCACUCUGCUGGUGCCUUGACAUAUGGGUACUAGCCCCAGCUUUACCCGUAGUACUACACCCGCAGUGAAUGGUGCCCUACCAGCUCAGUCUACUAGUACUUUUUCAGUAGUAAAGUAAUUCUUGUGGAGCAAAACCCUUAAGACAACCUCCCCUUGCCCCAGUCCCCCAAUAAAAACACUGAGAAGGAGAAAGCCUCCUGUUCCAUAUCGAAGCUGCGUGCUGCCUUUGAUAGUGUCUAGGCAGACUUUGGCUACGCUAUUAAAAGUUGCGGGGGGUUAUACUGGCAAAGUUCCCAGUGUGGAUGCAGCUGAUGGUGCCCUAAGGCUGGUGCAUUUUUGUGUAUGUGUAAAGCUUGCAGCAGUUCCCCAAAUAAAAUCAAGUUGCCAAAGGAA